AAUUCAGUUUAUUUUGUACAGCCCAAUAUCACAAAUUACAAAUUUGCCUCAGAGGGUGGCAUACAGAUGGUAUCAACCCUUUGUUUACUCUUGGACGCCACCAUAUUUGGCAUUUUAGAACAAUAUAACAAUAUAACAAUAUAUAUAUAUAUAUUCAGGGUGGGGCACGUUUGGGAAGUUCGAUCAUAUAGAUGAAAGACGAUCUAAAAGCCCGACAUCAGGGUUACUAAGCUCGGGUCAGACCCAAACCUGAGCCUCUAGCUGGCAGCCGGAAGCUGUGAUCAGCUGAUGGAGGAGGAGCCGCCCGAGAGGUGAGCCAUCUUCCCCCGGCAGAGCGAUACACUCUAACAGAGCCAGCCUGGCCGAGAGGGAGACGGCGAAUCAUCGGGGGAAUCCCGGUGUCACUUUGGAGCCAGAGGCGAACACAAGACGCCGGCCGGUCGGUGUCAGUCGGGCGGAAGACACCUGCGGACUCUUCGGGGUUUCCGAGCCGAGUGAGGAGUCGAUGCGCUUUGAGCGCCGGAGAGGAGGCUCUCAAACUAGUACAAAGAAAGGACAACAUUGAGCUGGGAUGCACCCCGACAGGUGAAGCGUGUGUGAACCAGGACGACGCGAAGGUCCAGAAGACACGCGCCGUAAGUGCGCGUGUCGGUCGUCCCCGGUGGAUGUAAACAAACGGCUAUCUAAGCUAGCUCUCGGUAGCCCAUCGGGGUUAGCUUCCUGUUGCUAACCCACCUAGCUUACCUAACACACGGUUGUACCGGAGCGGCACGAAGUAAACCGAGCCGAACACGCACGGUUCCGGGUUCGUGACCCCAUUUGACCUGAAUAUAGUCGUCUGCCUCGGAUGACAGCGCCCUGUGGCCCCGCAGCGGGUCGUUGUCGGUAUGGUUAGCCCACCAGCUAACGUCCUUAGCCGGCAGCGCUCUCGCGCCGCAGCGGCUCCCUAAGUGUGGGACAAAGAAGGCGCUCGAGCCGCUGCGUGCGCGUGGGACUCACUAAAGUUAGUUUGUGCAGCCGCGACACGGACACGGGGAUUAGUGUGGCCGGACGCCACCGCGGUAAUCUCCCCGUAUCGAGCGAGUGUCGCCCGCUGAUUGGCCGAGAGGAGCACAGCGAUGAGGGAAACAACUCCGGGACUCCUUGAGGUUGAGCCCCGCCGCCAUCCCUAGUCCGCGGCGCCGCGACGACACUCGGUGUGUUCGAGGCAGUUGGCCCGUUUCCGUGCGGUCCCUCCGGUGAGUUCGACAGUCCGGGCUCGGUCGCCCUCUCCGUGUUAUGGAGCCGUGUCCGAGGGCCCAGCCGUAAGCCUCUCAGCUGUGUUUGGGUUGCUCGUGGCCUCCCCUCCCCCAGUCUUCAGAUCCUCCCCCAGUGUUGGGCACCGGCCGCCGGGGCUCGCUCGGUGUUGUUCUCAGCUUGAAGGGAAAAGGAGCCCGUGGCCUCGAGGCUCGGCCCGCUGGACUUGGAAGCGGUUAGAAAGUGGAUGUGAUGGAACUGAUGUUCGCCGAGUGGGAGGAUGGGGAGAGGUUCUCCUUCGAAGACUCGGACCGGUUCGAGGAAGACUCUCUGUGCUCCUUCAUCUCAGAGGCCGAGAGCCUCUGUCAGAACUGGAGGGGGUGGAGGAAGCAGUCCGCUGGACCCAACUCCCCGACUGUCAAGAUCAAAGACGGUCAGGUGAUUCCACUGGUGGAGUUGUCGGCGAAGCAGGUGGCGUUCCACAUCCCGUUUGAGGUGGUGGAGAAGGUCUACCCCCCCGUCCCGGAACAGCUCCAGCUCCGCAUCGCCUACUGGAGCUUCCCCGAGAACGAGGAGGACAUCAGGUUAUAUUCCUGCCUGGCUAAUGGGAGUCCGGAUGAGUUCCAACGUGGAGAGCAGCUCUACAGGAUCCGAGCUGUCAAAGACCCUCUGCAGAUCGGUUUCCAUCUCAGUGCUACCGUGGUAACCAGCCAGUCCGGUCAGUCCAAGGGGGCCUACAAUGUGGCCGUCAUGUUUGACCGCUGCCGCAUCACUUCCUGCAGCUGCACCUGCGGCGCCGGGGCCAAGUGGUGCGCCCACGUGGUGGCGCUCUGCCUCUUCCGGAUCCACAAUGCAUCAGCAGUGUGUCUGAGGGCUCCAGUCUCUGAGUCUUUGUCCAGGCUGCAGAGGGACCAGCUCCAGAAGUUCGCCCAGUACCUCAUCAGUGAGCUGCCUCAGCAGAUCCUUCCCACCGCUCAGCGGCUGCUGGAUGAGCUGCUGUCCUCUCAGUCGACUGCCAUCAACACCGUGUGCGGAGCUCCAGACCCCACAGCAGGCCCUUCAGCAUCUGACCAGAGUACUUGGUAUUUGGACGAGUCGACCCUCAGCGACAACAUCAAGAAGACUCUGCACAAGUUCUGUGGGCCCUCACCGGUCGUCUUCAGCGACGUAAACUCCAUGUACCUGUCGUCCACGGAGCCGCCAGCUGCCGCUGAAUGGGCGUGUCUUCUGCGGCCCCUAAGGGGCCGAGAGCCAGAGGGCAUCUGGAACCUUCUGUCCAUCGUCAGGGAGAUGUUCAAGAGGCGAGACAGCAACGCCGCCCCGCUGCUCGAGAUCCUCACGGAGCAGUGCCUCACCUACGAGCAGAUCAUCAGCUGGUGGUACAGCGUUCGGACCUCGGCGUCCCACAGCAGCGCCAGCGGCCACACCGGACGCAGCAACGGCCAGUCGGAGGUGGCGGCUCACGCCUGCGCCAGCAUGUGCGACGAGAUGGUGGUGCUGUGGAGGCUGGCGGUGCUCGACCCCACCAUGAGCCCCUGCAGGCGUCUGGAACUAGCAGGCCAGCUGAAGCAGUGGCACCUGAAGGUCAUAGAGAUCGUGAAGCGCGGACAGCAUCGCAAGUCCCUGGAUAAGCUGUUCCAGGGCUUCAAGCCCGCCGUGGAGUCCUGCUACUUCAACUGGGAGGUGGCCUACCCGCUGGACGGCAUCACCUACUGCACUGCUGACAAGAAGAGCGCCACGUUCUGCUGGUCCAGGGCAGUGCAGCACCAGAGAGGAGUCAAAGCUGCUGCAGGCGGAGAGCCCCCUGAACCAGGGGGCGGGGCCAGAGGGGACGGUGGAGCGGCCGGAGAUUAUAAAGGAAGAGGUCACGCGUCCCAACAGGAGGUGGCCGUGCGGCCCAAAGAGACCAUACUGACCAAGAGGAAAGGCCUGUCGGUGAGCGGAGGGGGAGGAAUGCUGGUCCGUCUGGGAGGGGGCGUCGCUCUGUCCCUGGAAGACGCAGGAGGGAAGUGCCUGUACAAAGGGCCGGGCUCCGCCUCUGGAGGGAAGCUGAAGCUGGCACAGGGAGGUGGGAAGGGGGUGUCUGCAGGAGGCCCAGGUGGAAGUGGAGGAAGUGGAGGAAGUGGAGGAAGUGGAGGAAGUGGAGGAAGUGGAGGGAGUGGAGGGAGUGGAGGGAUCGGAGGUGGUAAGCACGCUGGUGCCAAGCGGAGAACCAGCAGUGAAGACAGCUCCCUGGAGCCGGACCUGGCGGAGCUCAGCCUGGACGAUGGCUGCAGUCUGGCUCUGGGGGCCGAGGCCAGCAACACCUUUGAGUUUCUGCCCCCGGCACCAGAGAUGCUGCCCUCCCCGAGCCCGCUGCUCCGAGACUCGCGCAAGUACAACAACGGCGGCAAAAUGUUUGAGGCAAAGCCGGCGGUGGUUGUCAUGGACACGGCCGGCGCCGCAGAGAAGGACGCGGCGCCGGAGGCCACGCCCGUCCAGAACAAAGACGAAGAUGUGGACUCGGCCGGCAGUAACCAGCCGACCACCUCAACCACUACGGUGAGAUCAGGCGCCACUCAGCCGUCUGCCAAGACCCUGCGGGCCCGCAGAGAGGCGGCGCCCGGUGGAGCGGCAGCUGCCGGGCAGCCGGCCAACCAGGGAGCAGAGGCAGCGAGUGGAGCAGCGGGGGGAGACGCUGCGGGCGACGACGACUAUCAAGCCUACUACCCGAGCGCCGCCUCGGAGGAGGGAGCGGACCGACCGCUGGCCGAAAACCACCACCAGGAGGAGGAGCCAGACAUCUUCGCAGGGAUGAAACCGCUGGAGCAGGAGGGACGCAUGGAGGUGCUGUUUGCAUGUGCAGAGGCCCUCUAUGCUCAUGGUUACAGUAAUGAGGCGUGCCGGCUGGCCGUGGAGCUGGCCAGAGACCUGUUGGCCAAUCCUCCAGACCUUAAAGUGGAGCAGCCCCAGACUAAGGGUAAGAAGAGCAAGGUGUCGACCAGCCGCCAGACGCAGGUCGCCACCAACACGCUGUCCAAGGCCGCCUUCCUGCUCACGGUCCUCAGUGAGCGACUGGAGCUCCACAACCUGGCCUUCAGCACCGGCAUGUUCUCCCUGGAGCUGCAGAGGCCACCGGCCUCUACGAAAGCUCUGGAGGUGAAGCUGGCCUACCAGGAGUCCGAGGUGGUGUCUCUGCUGAAGAAGAUUCCUCUGGGCCUGGUGGAGAUGUCGGCCAUCAGAGAGCGAGGCGAGCAGCUCAGAGACGGAAACUUCUGUGAUUACCGACCGGUGCUGCCGCUCAUGUUGGCCAGCUUCAUCUUUGAUGUGCUCUGCACCCCAGUUUGUGCAGUCGUGUCCCCGACGGGUUCCCGGCCGCCGAGCCGCAACCGCAACAACGACAUGCCCGGAGACGAGGAGCUGGGCUUCGAGGCCGCCGUCGCCGCUCUUGGUAUGAAGACCACAGUGAGCGAGGCGGAGCAUCCUCUGCUGUGUGAAGGAACUAGACGGGUGAAAGGGGACCUGGCUCUGGCCCUCAUGAUCACCUAUAAGGACGACCAGAGCAAGCUCAAGAAGAUACUGGAUAAAUUGCUGGACCGGGAGAGUCAGACCCACAAGCCCCAGACUCUAAGCUCCUUCUACUCCAGCAAGCCGGCAGCCGGCAGCCAGCGCAGCCCGUCCAAGCACACGGUCACCGGCCACAGCGGGGCCAGCGGGGGGGUCUCCAAACAUGCGCCCUCCUCCUCGUCUGCGACCGCAGUGGCACCCUCUUCUGCCGCCGUGGCUGGCGAAGAGGCGGCUCAUCAGGCUGAUCUGAGCCCAGUGCAGAACAACAACAGCACAGCAGGAGAGAGCACUGCUGAGGCCAAGGAGCACGUGUCAGAUGGGCCUCCUCCAUCGAGUGAGCAGCAGAAUGAAGCGGCUCCAUUCAAGCUGGAGGCCACGGUGCCCAGCCGGCUGGCGCUGGGGGCGCGUUGUGGCUACAACCAGCGCUGCUGGGGCUCUCCUGUCCGGCAGAAGAAGAAACACACAGGCAUGGCGAGCAUCGACAGCAGCGCUCCGGAGACCACCUCGGACAGCUCGCCCACUCUCAGCCGCCGGCCGCUCCGGGGCGGCUGGGCGGCAACAUCCUGGGGGCGGGGCCAGGACAGUGACAGCAUCAGCAGCUCCUCGUCCGAUUCGCUGGGCUCCUCCUCCUCCAGCGGCUCUCGCAGGGCAGGGGGCGGGGGCGGGGCCAGGGCCAAGAGCACCGACACCAGCAGGAUGAACUCAGUCCCAUGUGGUGUGUUUCCCGUGUCCAGGUACAAAGGCCGGCGUCCAGAGUGCCACGCCCCCCACGUGCCCAACCAGCCCUCGGAGGCAGCCGCCCACUUUUACUUUGAGCUGGCCAAGACGGUGCUGAUCAAAGCCGGAGGAAACUCUUCCACUUCCAUUUUCACCCAGCCCUCGGCCAGCGGGGGUCACCAGGGACCCCACAGGAACCUGCACCUGUGUGCCUUUGAGAUCGGCCUGUACGCUCUCGGCCUCCACAACUUUGUCUCCCCCAACUGGCUGUCCAGGACCUACUCCUCCCAUGUGUCCUGGAUCACUGGCCAGGCCAUGGAGAUCGGCAGCGCCGCCCUCAACAUUUUGGUGGAGUGUUGGGACGGUCACCUCACCCCCCCAGAGGUCGCGUCCCUCGCUGACCGAGCGUCGCGGGCCAGGGACCCCAACAUGGUCCGGGCGGCAGCAGAGCUGGCCCUGAGCUGCCUGCCUCACGCUCACGCCCUCAACCCAAAUGAAAUCCAGAGAGCCCUGGUGCAGUGCAAAGAGCAGGUACCAGUGUUGCCAUGGAGACCUUUUGAUGUGAAGCUUUCUCAAAAGAAGCUGUCCCGCCCCGUCUCCCUGCAGGACAACGUGAUGCUGGAGAAGGCCUGCAUGGCCGUCGAGGAAGCAGCCAAGGGCGGCGGCGUGUACCCCGAGGUUCUGUUUGAGGUGGCCCACCAGUGGUACUGGCUGUAUGAGCAGUCGGUGGGCGGGGGCUCGGGCCAGCAGCGGGAGACCUCCGGGCGCUGCGGGGCCAACGGCGGCUCGGGCAGGAGGAACCUGGAGUCCAGCUGCAUCGUGCUGGACGCCGGCGGCAACAUGGAGUCCGCGGGGGUGGCGACUGUCACGGCCUCGGUCACCGCGGCGACCGUCGUGCCCGUCAUCUCCGUGGGAUCCACCAUCUAUCAGUCCCACGCCAUGCCGGGGCAGGCCAUGGUGCACCCCCACGGCCAGGGCCUCCACCCCUACACCACCAUUCAGGCCCACCUCCCCACCGUCUGCACCCCCCAGUACCUGGGGCACCCCCUGCAGCAUGUCCCCCGACCCACCGUCUUCCCUGUGGCUGGGGCUGCGUACCCACAGGUAAUACAUCCGGCCUUCAUCGGGUCCCAGUACCCGUUCUCAGUGGCCACUGGCCCCCCCGGGCCUCCGAUGGCAGCCACGGCCGUGACCUUCCCCGGUGUCCCCCUACCGUCCAUGACUCAGAUCGCCGUCCACCCCUACCACGCUGAGACGGGCCUGCCCCUCGGCACCACCGUAGCAGUAGGCAGCAUGCACUCGGGCCCCACCAUCCAGGCCAUCCAGGCAGCAGCGCUGCCCUGCCUCUCCACCCAGCCCGGCUCAUUGGUCGGCACUCCUUUCCCUGCCGAGGACGAGCAGCACAGCCAGCCAAUCAGCCAACAGGGCCUGCACUACCUGCAUUCUGCCUACAGAGUUGGCAUGCUGGCAUUGGAAAUGCUGGGCAGGAGGGCUCACAAUGACCACCCCAACAACUUCUCCAGGAGCCCGCCUUACACGGAGGACGUCAAAUGGCUGCUGGGACUGGCUGCGAGGCUAGGAGUCAACUACGUGUACCAGUUCUGUGUCGGAGCAGCUAAAGGUGUCCUCAGCCCGUUCGUCCUGCAGGAGAUCAUCAUGGAGGCUCUGCAGAGGCUGAACCCCGCCCACAUCCACGCCCACCUCCGGACGCCUGCGUUCCACCAGCUGGUCCAGCGCUGCCAACAGGCCUACCUGCAGUACAUCCACCACCGGCUCAUCCACCUGACGCCCGCCGACUACGACGACUUCGUCAACAUCAUCCGCAGCGCCCGCGGCGCCUUCUGCCUGACGCCCGUGGGCAUGAUGCAGUUCAACGACGUGCUGCAGAACCUGAAGAGGGGCAAGCAGACCAAGGAGCUGUGGCAGCGCAUCUCCAUGGAGAUGGCCACCUUCUCCCCCUGAGCGGCGCCAGGCUCACGGGGAGCGAGCGCUGGGCCGGGCUCCAGGAGCCCCAGCCAGCCUCCAGCGUUGCGACUGCCACUGCCGCGUUCAGGCCGCCCGGUUCUGUCGGGGGACCCCCGCUCGCCACGAUGUGGACUGACUAACGAACACAGCACACAGGCAGUUCAAUCGGCUCCCGUGCGACCCACAGAGACUCGUUAUGUGCGCCGCUCAGAGGAGGAGCCGGGCUCACUGACUCCUCCCCUUCCCCGUUUUAUCAUGGUUCAUGUUUGUGUAACUGUGGAAAUUAAAGUGUACUCCUUCCUUU